GAGAACCCCUACACGAUCCCGAACGCGAUCACGGUCGCCCGCAUGGCUGCUUGCCCCGUCAUUGGGUACUACAUCCUCGAGGGCGACCUGUCGACCGCGACCGCGCUCCUGUUCGUCGCCGGCGUGUCCGACCUCGUCGACGGGUGGCUUGCACGGCGGUUCAACAUGGGCUCGGUCCUCGGCAGCAUCCUCGACCCGGCCGCCGACAAACUGCUCAUGACGACCAUGGUCAUCACGCUCGCCAUGCGUGACAUGCUCCCUCUUCCGCUCGCCAUCAUCAUCCUCGGACGAGAUGUCGCCCUCUCGCUCGCGGCCUUCUACUUCCGCUACGCCUCGCUCCCUCCUCCUAAAACCUUUGCGCGGUACUGGGACUUUUCGAUCCCGUCGGCCUCGGUCCACCCGACCGCCAUUUCCAAGUACAACACCUUCCUCCAGCUCCUCCUCGUUGGCUCAACGACAAUCGCGCCCUUGUUGCCCUUUGAGCUGGGCACUGCCGUCACUGGGAUGCAGUGGCUUGUUGCAGGGACUACGAUUGCCUCAGGCCUGUCCUAUGUUGGCACUGGGUCGCGUGCAGCAGUCAAGUACGUCAAGUAGAGCACCGAGUCUCUCCAGCGCCGCAGUCCGGCAGAAGCAGUGCACACAGUCUCCCUUGCAAUCCUCUGCCAGUGAGA